GUGCCAUCCUCGUCUGGACAACUCUAAGAGUUUCCUACAGUGUCCUCUCUGGGUUCAUCUCAUCUCUGUAUCCAUCCGUCAUGUCGCUCUCUGUUCGCACGACAUCCUCCAAAGUUCCCAGGACUGUGACCUCAAAGUCCAUUAUCACCAAGAGUCAGGGUGGUGUCUUUCCACAGAAAGCCCAUAGCGUGUAUGGAGGUAGUCUAGGAGGUGGCACCCGCAUCUCCUCCACCUCACUGCAGUCCAGAAUUGGAGGAUAUGGUGGAGGAUACGGUGCAGGAUAUGGUGGAGGAUACGGUGGAGGAUAUGGUGGAGGAUACGGUGCAGGAUAUGGUGGAGGUUAUGGAGGAGGAUUUGUAGCAGGUAUAAUGCCUGGAGGCUGUGUUGUAAACGACUUUCAGCUGAAUGAGAAGGCCACCAUGCAGAACCUGAACGACCGUCUGGCGUCCUACCUGGAGAAGGUGCGCUCACUGGAGGCUGCCAAUGCCAUCCUGGAGAGGCAGAUCCGCGAGUACUAUGAGAAGAAAGGGCCGAUCGCACAGAGGGACUACAGCAACUACUGGAACACCAUCAAGGACCUGAAGGACAAGAUUAAAAAUGCUACCAUCAACAACGCCAACAUCCUCCUGCAGAUCGACAACUCUAAACUGGCUGCUGAUGACUUCAGGCUGAAAUAUGAGCAUGAGGUGGUGAUGCGGCAGUCUGUGGAGGCUGACAUCGCUAACCUGCGCCGCUUGCUGGACCACACAGCCCUGACAAAGACUGACCUGAAGAUGCAGAUCGAGGGUCUGCAGGAUGAGCUGGCAUUUAUGAAGAAGAACCACCAGGAGGAGCUGGCUGCACUGAGGGCACAGCUGACAGGCACAGUGAACGUAGAGGUUGAUGCUGCUCCUCAGCAAGAUCUGAACAAGGUUCUGGAGGAGAUUCGUGCUCAUUACGAGAACAUCAUUCAGAAACACCGCAGGGAACAGGAAGACUGGUUUAAAAACAAGACGGCAGGAUUGAACAAAGAGGUGAUCCACAGCACAGAGAUCAUACAGACGUCCAAGUCACAGGUCACAGAGCUGCGAAACACCUUACAGAGUCUGGAGAUCGAGCUACAGUCUCAGCUCAGCAUGAAAGCAGCACUGGAAAACUCACUGGCAGACACAGAGGCUAGGUACAGUGCUAUGCUAGCAGGCUACCAGAACCAAAUCAACAUGCUGGAAGCCGAGUUGGCUCAGUUGAAAGCUAGCAUUGAGCAACAGGGACGAGAAUACGCCUUGUUGCUGGACAUCAAGACUCGUCUGGAGCAGGAGAUCGCCACCUACAGGAGCCUCCUGGAAAAUCAAGAUAUUAAAACUCAAAUUCCAGGUGGAUUCAUCUCAGGUGGAUCUCAAUCCUCUGGUGGGUCCCACAUUAUCACAUCUGGAGGAUCUCAGUCCUCCGGUGGGUCCCAAAUUAUCACAUCUGGUGGAUCUCAGUCCUCUGGUGGGUCCCACAUUAUCACAUCUGGUGUAUCUCAGUCCUCUGGUGGUACCAAGAUUAUCAAAACUGGAGGACCAACAAUCCAAAUAAAGCAAACCACCUCCACUUCACACCGUACUUACUAAAGGCACAGCAUGUCG